AUGGCAGCGUCUGGAGGGUCACGAUCAUCUGCGAGCAACCCACCCGGGUUUGAAAGUUUCCCUUUUCCUGUGCCAGGCAUAGUACAAGAUGACACUACAGCUAAAGACCAAGAGAAGAGUGGAGAGACGAAAAAGAAACCGUGCAGAGCGUGUACGGAUUUCAAGUCAUGGAUGAAAGUGCAGAGGAAACAGUCGUCAGUGGUCCAGGAAACCCAUGUUACAGAGGAAAGUGAGAAGGCAGUAGAAUGCCCUCUUGAUAGAGAGGAACUGGGCAGAAGUUCAUGGUCUUUUCUUCACACCAUGGCAGCCUACUACCCUGAUUCGCCGACCACAGUCCAGCAGCAAGAGAUGACACAAUUUAUCAAUCUGUUCUCGAAGUUUUUCCCCUGUGAUGAAUGUGCAGAGGAUUUGAGAUCAAGACUGAAAACAAAUCAACCAGAUACAAGUAAUCGCCACAAUUUCUCACAGUGGCUGUGUCGACUUCAUAACGACAUCAAUGUACGACUAGGGAAGCCAGAAUUCGACUGCUCCAAAGUGGAUGAGCGAUGGAAAGACGGCUGGAAAGAUGGAUCGUGUGACUGAUCAUAAACAUGAUGGCUUUGGCUGAGAUGCUUUUCUGUGAAAAUAACCGUGCCUGUGUAAUGCUGUGUCAUUG